AUUAGCUAUAGAAUGAGGCUAUACUACUAUGUGCAACACCCACCUCAUCUGUAUUAUAAAUAUGUCCUCUCAAAAAGAGCUUUACAUUUAUCACAGUAAAGGGGAGUCCAGAAAAUAUUAGCAGCAGGAUAUACUCUGGGUGUUGCUGAAGACAGACAUGUUUUUUACUGAUCCAAUCACACUAGUCCUAUCUAUUAUUAUUUGCCUAUGUUUGAUAUGUCUUCUGUAUGGCUGGAAUAACAAUGUUUACAAAAACUUCCCUCCUGGACCAAAGCCUUUGCCAUUAAUUGGAAGUUUGCAUCUCAUAAACCAGAAGGAACCCUUUAAAACUUUUAUGGAGCUAUCUGAAACAUAUGGUCCUGUGUACAGCAUCCAAAUGGGAAUCCAGAAAGUUGUUGUACUCUGUGGCUAUGAGACACUAAAGGAAGCUCUAGUAAACUAUGCUGAUGAGUUUUCCUGGAGAGCGCAAACACCAAUUUUUAAAGAUUGGUCAAGUGGACAUGGCCUUGUUUUUGCAAAUGGGGAGAACUGGAAAGUCAUGAGAAGAUUUACUCUUUCAACUUUACGAGAUUUUGGAAUGGGAAAAAAAUCUAUAGAAGAUAAAAUUAACGAAGAGUCUGAUGCCUUAAUUCAAAGGUUUAAAUCGUAUAAAGGACAGCCUUUUGAAAACACCAUGAUUAUGAAUGCUGCUGUUGCCAACAUCAUUGUUUCCAUAUUACUUGAUCAUCGAUACGAUUAUGAGGAUCCCGUGCUGCACAAGCUUAUGAAAGUAGUAAAUGAAAAUGUAAAGCUUUUGGCAAGUCCAAUGGUCAUGUUGUACAACGCAUACCCGUCACUGAUUCGAUGGAUACCAGGAACUCACAAAAAAUUUAAGACAAAUAUAGAUGAGUUUCAUAGUUUUAUUAGAGAGACCUUUGUAAACAGCAAGGAUCAAGUGGAUGCCAAUGACCAAAGGAACCUUAUUGAUGCAUUUUUCGUCAAGCAGCAAGAGGAAAAGCCAAUUUCUGGACAAUAUUUCCACAAUGAAAAUCUAAUGCAUCUUGUAUCUGAUUUAUUUGCUGCUGGAAUGGAAACAACAUCCACAACUCUCCGAUGGGGUUUAUUGAUUAUGAUGAAAUACCCAGAAAUUCAAAAAAAUGUACAAAAUGAAAUUGAAAAAGUGAUUGGAUCUGCCCAUCCUCAUAUGGAACACCGCAAAAAAAUGCCGUAUACUGACGCUGUGAUUCACGAAAUUCAAAGAUUUGCUAACAUUGUACCAGCCAGUGUUCCACGUGAGAUCACACAGGAUGUAGUUUUUAAAGGCCAUGUUCUUCCAAAGGUCUGUAGAAAUGUA